GAUGUCAUGGGAUUUGAAGACCGAGAUGAAAGGGAUAGACUGUAACCCCUGGCGCUGAGAAGUACUUCACACAGUCUGAAACUCACAAACACUCCAGAGCCAAGCGAUCAGACCCAGAUAAAACAUCACACAGCGCAGGAAGUCUGGCAGAGCUCGCCAGCUUUUUGUUUUGGACUGCUGGAUACAAGAAAAGCGAUCGGAUCUGGAAAAAGAAGUCAAGGUUUUCGAGACCUACUUGUUGAUGGGAGAGCCGGGGCUGACCUCAGUCCAGAUACUUGGUGCAGCACGAAAAAGAGUAGGGAUGAACAACAAACAAAGAGGCAUUUUGCUGCACCUGCUGAUCACUCUGUUUUGUCUGGCACUGGGAGCUGCAGGUGAAACAGGAGACUGCCAGGAGCAGGAGUACAGGGACGAGGCUGGGAACUGUGCGGCCUGCAAACAGUGUGGUCCAGGGCAAGAACUCUCAAAGGAAUGUGGGUUUGGAUAUGGGGAUGAUGGACAGUGCGUGACCUGCAGGCCAAGCAGGUUCAAGGAAGACUGGGGAUUUCAGAAGUGUAAGCCAUGCUUGGACUGUGCUCUCGUAAAUCGCAUCCAGAAGGCCAACUGCACAGCCACCAGUAACGCAGUAUGUGGAGACUGCUUGACAGGAUUUUAUAGAAAGACUAAAUUGGGUGGUUUUCAAGAAAUGGAGUGCAUUCCAUGUGGGGAACCUCCUCCUCCUUAUGAGCCUCACUGUAGCACUAGAGUGAACCUCGUGAAGAUCCCAUCGACUUCCUCCAGUCCUCGGGACACUGCAUUGGCUGCAGUUAUCUGCAGUGCAUUGGCUAUGGUCCUACUCGCUCUCCUCAUCCUCUGCAUCAUCUAUUGCAAGAAACAAUUUAUGGAGAAAAAUCCCAAUUGGUCAAUGAGACUGCAGGAUGCUCAGUUAAAUAGAGCAGAACUGUCAUCACUUGACAGGCAGAGGAUUAAUCUGAGUCCACACCGAACUUGUGCAUACUGUCAACAAAGUCCAGCACAGACUUGUGGUCCUGUUCACUUGGUUCCAUCUUGUUGUUUUGAUGAUACCUGCAGUCUGGAGUACAGUAGUGAAAGCUCCUACCCACCAUCUGCAUCAGAGCACCUUAAAAGGAACAAAGACUGUGGUCGAGAUAUACUACCUUCUCUCCUUGACGUCUUUACACCCUCCUUUGAUAGUGAUGCCUCGGAAGCUUGGCCUCUAAUGCGAGACUCUAACUGUAGUGACACGGGUUCUUCUUGUGAGUCUCUCCACCCAUCAGACAUUGAAACUUCUCCAGAACACGUUACUGUCUUUAGCCCAAACAUAGAAACCCCAAUAAUCCCACCUUCAGAUACAUGCCCAAAAGACGAGGAUCAACCUGAGUCGCUUUGUCUGCAAUCCUUUUCAGUUGAGACAGAUGGAACUAAUAUAGAGAGCAAAAAACAAGAAGGUGCAGAACACCUCGGAGAUCUCCCAUCAUUAAACCAUGGAGGCCAAGAGCAGAACCAAAUGGAGUACAAUGUGGAGCAAGUUCCAAAUGAAGAUAAUGGGAACUGUGUGUAGAAUAUGACUUGAUGGUGCCAGAGGAGUGUUGCACUUUUCAUCCUUCUUUGUUGAAUCUCAAGCUGAAGAAUAUCCCACUGAGGCUCGAAAUUUCAGGAUAUUGAGUUUUCCAGCUGAACAAUGGCAAAUUGUGCAAUACCUCAGCAUCUUCAACACAAGCAGAAACCACAACCAAUUAAAUAUAUGCUUCAUUUUAAGCAACAAUAUACUACCAUUUCUGAUUUACUAUUUGCUUUUCUUAUGUGAAACAUUUGGCACAUUGUUCAAAGCUCUUGGAAGGAAUGUUUAUGACUGCAAAGGUGACAAUGAAGAACUGUCAAAACAUCUUUGUGCUCAGGCUGCUGAAGGGUUUCUGAAGACAAGUGAUGAGUGAUCCAUGGUUCAGACAGCAACCAAUAACGAUUGCAGCAUGAUUGGUUCUUACACAUGAAAUUGCAGCAUUAACAAUUGUUGCCAAUUACACUGCCUGCAGAGGAUUAUGGACAGUGUCAUUCCAUCAAAUCGGUUUUGAUUUAUUAGAUAUCCAGUUAUCCAGUUAUAAAUCUUUGUUAUUAAAGUUUUAGAAAAUAUGGUUGUACACUUUAAUGUUUUUUUUAGAAAAUUGCCACUGUACAUUGAUGUACAGAAUUUUUCUUAAGUAUUAAUAUUUUCAAAUGAAGAAGAUAGCCAUUCGCAUUGUUUUUCACCUCUGCCAUUUUAUUGCUACAGUGUGUUCUGAAGGAAAUAUUUCAACAAAAUAACUGAUAAUAAGAAUGAUGUGUUUAUCCUUCUCCUUACUGAAGGAAUCAAGAUUGGUUUAACUGAUAGUGCACUAAAUAUUGGAAGAUAGUGGGGAUGGAACUGAAUGACUUUUUACUUGUUAGUGCACGCUGAGAAUGGCCAAAAGAUAUGUUUGUUUAUCAUACAAUGUUCCACUUCUUUUCAGAGUUGGAUAACUUUUGGUUGAAUCAUUUUACAUGAGAGAUGAUAAUUUUGUUUAUAAAUGCAAGAUGAACAUUGGCAUUCAUAAACAGUUUGUUAAAAAUUGGUUAAAAAUAUUAGUUAAUAAAAUGCUUCUGUGUAGGGUAGAUUUCAAGAUAUGUUUUUUAGCUAAGACUACAAACUCAAUAAAAUCACAUAUUUCAAUCCUG